GUCGGGGGCGGGGCUGAGGUACUGCGAGUCGCGGGAGCUACCCGGUCUUACGGGUCCUGUGGUGCCAUGAUCCGGAACGGGCACGGGGAGGCCGGCGCUGCUGGGCGGAGGGUCCCGGCGGGCCAGCGCGCAGUGCGGGUGUGGUGCGAUGGCUGCUAUGACAUGGUGCAUUAUGGCCACUCCAAUCAGCUGCGCCAGGCACGGGCCAUGGGGGACUACCUCAUCGUGGGUGUGCAUACGGAUGAGGAAAUUGCCAAGCAUAAGGGGCCCCCAGUGUUUACCCAGGAGGAGAGGUACAAGAUGGUACAGGCCAUCAAGUGGGUGGAUGAGGUGGUACCCGCUGCUCCCUACGUCACCACACUGGAGACACUGGACAAGUACAACUGUGACUUCUGUGUUCAUGGCAAUGACAUCACGUUGACAGUAGAUGGCCGAGAUACCUAUGAGGAAGUGAAGCAGGCUGGGAGGUACAGAGAGUGCAAACGCACCCAGGGUGUGUCCACCACAGACCUCGUGGGUCGCAUGCUGCUGGUGACCAAGGCCCACCAUAGCAGCCAGGAGAUGUCCUCCGAGUAUCGGGAAUAUGCUGACAGUUUUGGCAAGCCCCCUCACCCGACACCUGCCGGGGACACACUUUCCUCAGAAGUCUCCUCCCAGUGUCCUGGGGGGCAGAACCCCUGGACAGGGGUGUCCCAGUUUCUACAGACAUCCCAGAAGAUCAUCCAGUUUGCUUCUGGGAAGGAGCCCCAGCCUGGGGAGACAGUCAUCUACGUGGCCGGUGCCUUUGACCUGUUCCACAUCGGGCACGUGGACUUCCUAGAGAAGGUGCAUAAGCUAGCCAAGAGGCCCUACAUCAUCGCCGGCCUACACUUUGACCAGGAAGUAAACCGAUACAAGGGCAAGAACUACCCCAUCAUGAACCUGCACGAGCGGACUCUCAGUGUGCUGGCCUGCCGGUAUGUUUCAGAAGUGGUGAUUGGGGCACCAUACUCGGUCACAGCAGAGCUCCUGAGUCACUUCAAGGUGGACCUAGUAUGUCAUGGGAAGACAGAAAUUGUACCUGACAGGGAUGGCUCUGACCCCUACCAGGAACCCAAGAGAAGAGGAAUCUUCCGUCAGAUCGACAGUGGUAGCGACCUCACUACAGACCUGAUUGUGCAAAGGAUUAUCAAAAACAGGUUGGAGUACGAAGCCCGGAAUCAGAAGAAGGAAGCCAAGGAAUUGGCCUUUCUGGAGGCCAUGAGGCAGCAGGGGGCACAGCCUGCAGGGGAGACUGACUAGCUUCUGACCUGGAGGAUAUCGCUCAUGCCCUUGCCCUGUGCCCAUCUCUUCUCUCCCUGCCCUGCUCUGCUCCUGUGUCUUGGUGUCAGCUCACACAGUUCCAAAGGAAGCUGGCCUUGCUGGAGGGCGUUGUUCUGCCUGCCUGUGAGGGAGGCACUGUCUGUCUUACAAUAGACUCAGUCCUGUCCACUGAGCUGCUCAGAGAGGGUGGCUAGCACAGGGAAGCAGCCCAGUGGACAGGAUAAGCAGAGGGCACCUGUGACAGGAGGAGUGUUGCGAUGUGUCCUUAGCAUCCACAGUCCCAACUGCCACUGACCCAGUCUUGCCUGGGGACACCCCUCUGCCUGACUGGAAGCUGCAUAUCUGCCCACCCAGCUUUGGUGAAAGGUACAGAGGGAUCACUUUGGGGACCUCUUGUUUUGUGUCACCCUACAAGUGGGUACCCUCUACUUUGGGGCACGUUCUAGCACCCCAUUCCUGAUUCCUAGAAGAUGCACUUGCCCUGACGGCUGGGCCAGCUUGACUGUUCUCGGCACAGACUUCCUGGUCCUCAUUUUGUACCUUGGUGGCUGAUGUAAAUCUCUUUGGCUCAACUGAAUAAAGCCUAGUGGGACGUGC